CAUCUCCACCCGAAGGACCUCACCUUUUGAGAGAGGAAUUUCUCUGCUCAAAACGCAGAACGAUUUUCAUUCGCGAGGAAAAAAAAGAUUUUUAAAAUCGGGGCAAAAAUCGAGGGGGUAAAAAGAGAGAGUAGAUGCCGAAAUCGUCGUCGCCGUCGCCCACCAUCACCCCGAUGAACCCCGCCAUCAAAACCCUAGCCCCAAAUCCAAACCCUAACCCUAACCCUAACCCUAGCCAAGCCCUAGCCAGUCAACUGGAAGCGGAUCUACUCCACUCGUACCAGCAAGCCCUCCUCAUGGACGACGACGACGACCCCGAGCCUGAAGUCGCCGCUCUCCACCAAACCCUAAACCCGACCCAAGCCCUAGACCACUUCAUCUUCCGCGAUCCCGACGACGACGAAGACGAGGACGAAGACGAAGCUGCUGGUGCCGACGAGGAGGAGGAGAUCGAAGAGGAGCGGAAACCCUCUCUAAACCCUAGCUCCGUCGACCCCCCCUCUGACCCUAACUCUAACGUAAUUAUGCCUUAUAUUGACCCGACCCCUCACGUUUCCUCUCAAUUUUAUACCUUUAACAGAGAUUCCCAUGCCCUAAUGGUUCGCUGCAUCUUGGAAGGGCGCGCGGCCACCACCGACGAGAUUCAGAACGCGACGCCAAGGGAGGUGCUCAAAUCCUGGCGCGCAGUUUGGAAAGAUCGGAAUGAGGAUACGGCGUAUUUGACGGCGUGGAAGAGGAUCCAGGAUAAGCUUCAGGCUCACCUUGAUUCCGGUGGAAAUGGUUUGCUUUACUUCAAGAGCAAUCCUUCACAGUGUGUCUCUUAUGUGGAGCAGUGGCAGGAGAUUGUGAAUUCUCUUCAUGCUGACCCUGACCUCCUCCGGCAUCUCGGGCUUAAGGAGACGGUGGAUCGAAUUAAGCAGUCUUGGACGGUUGGAGCUAAGUUUUAUGGUAUUCCUGAAUCUUUUAUUAGGAUUUGUGUUUCCUCUUGCCCUAUUUGCUCUGGUGCUGCUUCAGCUGGCGGCCGACUAUCUGGUGGUGGCGGGGCUCGAUCGAAAAGGCGGCGGUUUGAGUACACGGAGUCUUUUGAUGUGCCAGCUAGGGAUGUACAGAGAAGGCUUCAGCAGCUCGCUGCAAAGCAUAAGGUAGUGCUUUGCAUCCGGCAGAAGUAUAUUAGAUAUAAGCCAUUUAUGGCCGAGGUGAAAGAUUAUGCUUGCCAUAGAGCUGGGGAGCCCUCUUCAGCUUCUGGGUCUUCCUCCAAGAAAGCUAGAGUCUUGAAGAGGGAGCCAUAUCAAUCGAAGAGGUGCGGCUGUGGGUUUAGGAUUCGCGCAAUUGUUCCGAUAAUGAACUACAAUGAGAAAGAUAAGACCUUUGUCUAUCAGGAGGAGGGGACUGCUGUGUUUAAAUUGUAUGCAGUGCAUUCAGGUCAUGAGCCUGGGGCAUCAGAUGGGAAUGCUAGGAUCAUUCACCGCAUGGUUGGACACAAGGGGGGUUUUGAUUUGGAUCCUGAGGUUUAUGGUGUGAGAGAGGAUACAGAACCGGAAUCAUUUGUUAGUCUCAUGAAGGAUGAAACUGGCACCACCCACCAUAGCAUUCUUCUUCAGCAGGUUCAAGAACUCAGAAAGGAAACUGGGUUGUUGGAAGGGAAGAUUGCUAGGAUGCCGGAGGAGCUUCUGGGAUCUCUGUCCCAUGAGCUGGCAGAUAUCUUGCAUAGGCUCAGGAGUGUUGGGGCAGCACAACAUUCAGAGGAUGCACUUGUGGUGGGUGAUGAGGAUGCUGCGCAAUGGGGGAACGAUAGAAGCCACCACCUCCUCGAUGGUCAUGACAGGAUGUUUGCAAAGCAUUCUGAGAUCAUCGAUGAGGAAGAAAAUGAUUUCGAUUCAGCUCUUGAGACCAUUGUGCCCUGGGACAGGUUAACCGAGGGUUGCCAUGGAAGGAAGAUGCUCAUGAGGGACAGCUGCAAGCCCAAUGACAAGUGGCUUCUGAAGGAGGAUUGUGGUGAUUUUGAUGAGAAGAGCAUUCUUAAUUGUGGUGUUGAGGAGGAUAGCAAACUAAUAAAACCCCUAAGGCAUGAUGGAACCAUCGUGAGUGAUCCAACUUUGGUAGGAAUGCAUGUUGAUGGAUUCUAUCAUGAUAGCACCAAGUGGUAUGAUUCACCGACUGAAUUGGAUCCUGUUGCUGAUUCUAGGGAUGGUGGGUUCAGGCAUGGAUGACUUAUGCUUAAGUGAUGCUUCCUUUCUAUUUAAUCACAUGCGGGAGAAUUUUCCUUUUUGUUUAUUCUGUAUAAUACAAGGUUGCAAUUCACUUCACAUUAUUAGCACAGGACUACAAGUGGAGCUUACUUGCAGCAUCCCUGUUGUUGUUUUAUAUACAGGCUGCAUGGACAUGUUUGUAAGGCUAAUUCUUGGUGCUUUUACUAUAACACCGUGCACUUUCCAAUUCCUUUGGUA